AUGAAGUGGAAGAAAAAUAAAUACCGCUCCCGAAUUGUCUUAAUAAAAAAAGAUAAUGAAUUCCUGCAGAAAAAUAUCUUGGUGACCAUGAUCACCCAUAGGAUUGAGAACAUAGGGCUGACCUUUUGUGUGAGUGAUGGGAUCAAAAUACAUUGGCUGGCCAUAUUUGCUAUAAUUUCUUUUGUACUAACCCAAGGAUUGCAAAUUAUUGGUUUGUUCAAUGCAAAAGACGACAUAGACAAGGUAUUUGAAUGCUUCAGCGUCAUGUCUUUUUGUGGCAUGGGAAUUCUUAAGCUCCUGUCUCUAUGUCGAAACCACAAGCAAUGGAAAAUGCUUUUGGACAACAUCAAGCAGUUAGAAAAUACACAGUGCCAGAAUGAGACCUCGAACGUGGAAUAUGAGAGUGACGACGAUAAUGAUACCUUUACUUUUCCAAGCUACAUCGAAUCUUACACCAAAAAGUUUCAAAUUGUCUCAACUGUUUUGAGCAGAAUGUAUGGAUUUACAGCAAUUAUUUACAUUCUGUCACCGUUCGCAGAAUUUGCCCUUUUGAUAUUGACUGGCAAUGAGGAUUAUGAGAAGCCUCACGUUUUGCCAGGUUGGGCGCCAUUUGAUUCAUGGAGUUUUAUUGGGUACUUAACGAAUGUGGCGGUAGAGAUAAUUUCAGCAACUUAUUGCGUAUUGGUUCACAUUACUUUUGAUUUGAUAUCAAUUGGCGUGAUGAUUUUUAUUUGCGGGCAGUUUUCUUUGAUUCGUGAUUACAGCAGUAAUAUAGGUGGAAGUGGAGCAUCGUGUACUUUGUCGAAAAGAAGAGAGGAUCGCGCACAUCACAGAAUAAUAACAUGCCACAAAAUUCAUUGCCUACUCAUGAAUACAUGUGACGAAUUGGGAAAACAACUGCAGAAUAUACUGGGAGUGUACUUUUCCGUAGCGACCUUGACUCUAUGCUCAGUUGCAGUAAGGCUCAAUUCGGAAUUGAGUCGCAUGGAACUUGCGAGCUUACUGCAGUUUAUGUGCGCGACUCUCACGCAGCUUUAUCUCUUCUGUCAUUUUGGACACAACGUUCUGCACCAGAGUUCAAUAGGAAUGGGCGACGGUCCAUUUGGGGCUGCCUACUGGUGCCUCAGCCCUCGCAUACGCCAAGAACUGGUGAUACUAGGCAUGGGUAUGAUGAUGCCAAGGUAUUUUAAAGCAGGCCCAUUCAUUUCGGUGGAUUUACCUUCGUUUGUUCAGGUUUUACGCACAGCUUAUAGUUAUUAUGCUGUAAUACGGAAAUGAGCUGAUAAUGGGGUCAUAUUAGUAGAUAAAUUGUCUACAUUUACUUAGAUUUUUGCACGAUAUAAUGUAGUGAUGCAAUUGUCAUGGAAAAUUUUACUAGAGCAGGGGCAUUGAGUCAGAUCACACCGCAAAGAUAAAAUCCACCAA